AUGGCUCCAAGACGAAGAAAAAAGAGGGGUAAUACCCGUCUGGAUGCAGCCCUCGACGCUAUGCGUCCAUAUGGAUUUUCCGAGAAACUGGUUCAAGAAACGGUCGGAGAGCUUCUAAAUGUUUAUGGUGGGGAUGAUGGAUGGGUCUUUAUUGAAGAAGUUUCUUACGUUCUUCUCGUUGAAACCAUUCUUGAAAAGCUAAACGCUCAUGCACAAGAGGAUGCUGGUUCUUCUCAAGGUAAGGUUGAAGUUGCAGUUGACACUGAAGCACCAGCUGUUAGGCCAACAAAUGGAGUUACUUGCCCCAAUUCAGAGGCUGUGGAGGCUGUAUUGCAAACUAACCAGGCUACCUGGCAGACUAAUGAGGCUUUAGAUACUGCAUCAGCGACUCAUGAAUCUCAGGGUAUGCAUUGUCUCCCACAAACCGUUACGAUCCAAUCCAAACUACCCAUGGAUGGUCUUCCUACGCCAAGUCGUCGACCAUACCAUGGGUGGAUAAGUAAUGACGAUGAUGAGGAUUUAGUGCACCUCAAACCAGCUCCAUUACAGCAAAGUUUAGCCAAGUUGCUUAAACCAGUUCCAUCACAGGAAAGUUUAGUAAAGUUUCUUGAUACCCUAGGCAGGCGGAGAAAGCGUAAGACAAGGUGGGAUGUGAGGCCUCAAGAUGUGUAAUCCUCUUUAAUGUUCAAAAGGGAUUUUCUUUUGGUAAAAACCUGUGGUCAAGUGGUAUUUUAUCUCUCAUUUUAUGGAAAGGAAGUGAAUUUUGUGGGCAAAUUACUGCUUAGGUAAAUUAUUUUCGGGCAAAUACCAAGUUUAGAAAUUUGAAGUUUCUAAAAGAUUUUUUUUGCUUUCAA